AAUAUUUUAUAUUUCACAUCGUACACUUUAUUUGCUUUCAAUAAUGAAGUUCUUGAGUUUAUUUGCAAUUUUCUUAGUUAUUUGCCUGUCCAUACAAUUGAACUCAUGCGAAGAGAAUGAUGGUUCGUUAUUGCUUAAUAGGUUCAAGCGAGCCAGUUGUGGACGACACGGUGAUCCUUGUGUUUCGGACUCACAAUGUUGUGCUAACAUAAAAUGCCAUAGAUAUGCAAACAGAUGUCAAGUUACUAUAACCGAGGAGGAACUGAUAGCCGGUAAACGAAAUUUGAAGCAUGUAGAAAUUCAGAAUUAAUUUCUUUACUAAAAUCGAUUUAUUAUUAUGUUUUUUGUGACUAAUUAACAUAAUUAGCAUUGAUGUACAUUUCAAGAAUAUGAAUUUAGAAUGUAAUAAAUAAAAACGUAGCUUCAUAUA